CGGGAAUGGCCAGCGAUGAAUGGCUGAACGUUUGUGCUCUCGAUUGUGAUUGGUAGUUCUGCUGACUUCGCCGAGUUGUGUUGUUUGGCGGCAGGAAGAUACGAACGGUCACGUUGAGCUUGUACUUGUUGACGAGUUGCGAUCCAAUUGCGUUUCAAGAAUUACCGUUUGCUUUCAAGCACACCAAGGCAAAUAUAAUCCCGCUGUUUGUUUUACAAAGGAUUGAAGGCUAAACAAUGGCAGAGGAUGGAGAAGCAACUGCUGGAACUAUGGCUGUGGAAGAGCCAUUAGACCUUAUCCGCUUAUCACUUGAUGAAAGAAUUUAUGUCAAAAUGCGUAACGAACGAGAACUUAGAGGCAGACUUCAUGCAUAUGAUCAGCAUUUAAACAUGAUAUUGGGUGAUGUUGAGGAAACUGUAACGUCUGUUGAGGUUGAUGAUGAGACUUUUGAAGAAGUGUAUAAGACAACAAGAAGAAACAUCCCAAUGUUAUUUGUUCGUGGGGAUGGAGUGAUUCUGGUUGCCCCCCCAAUGAGGGGUGGUGGUAUAUAGGCAAAAAUAAACAAUAUUAAAUAUCUUAUACAGUAUGUAUAUGCAUAUUGAGUUUCUUUAUAUUAUUAUUAUAUAUAUAAGUCCUUAAUGAUGCUAUUGUACAUAUGUACAAUUAUCAUGACUGAAAAUAAGUAAUUUUGGGUUGAUUUCAUCCUAGCUUUUGAAAAUCAUCAUGAUCAUGGAAUAACAGUAAUAUUUCAUUUGCUGAAAUACAGAAAUAAUAAAAUAUUGAUAAUUUAUA